AUGUCUGCACCCACUCCCCCGCCCCUGACGGUGCGAGUGUGGCCUCACACGCAGUGCACCUGGUUGGUGGGGCUGGCAGCCUCGGGCGCGCUGGCGCUGGCAGCCCCGCAGCAGGCUGCGCUCCCAUUGCUGCUAAGGCUGGCAGCAUCGAUCGGGGCACGGCUGGCGCUGGGGGCACCCCUGCUGGCGUCAUCCCUGUACUUCAAUAAUGCCACCCGGGAGCUGGGGAAGGCGGGAGUGCUAGAUAUCGUGGCUCGCGUGGACCACUCGCUGCUGGAGCGACUGGGCAUGGAGCCGGGCGGCUGCGUGCCGGUGUCAGCCGAGGAGAUGGGACGCCUGCUGGCGCUGCCAGAGGUGCACGGAGGCAUGAAGAGGGUCCCCGGCGGCAGCGCGGCCAACGUUCUCAAGGGCCUGGCCAGCCUGGCCCCCGCCAGCAUGUCUGUGGCGUUUGUGGGCAUGGUGGGGCAGCACGAGGCGGGGCGGGACGCGCUUUGA